UGGCUCACAGCACGGUUUCACAACAUUACUUGCCUGGGCACGACCGGUGUUUUCCGACAACGUGCCUUUUUUGACUCGAGUCCCAUCGAGUCGCGGAUGGCGAAGGUGCAAUGCGGGUUUUGGCUUUAGGCGCUCUUUGCGCGAAUCUGGGAGAUGCACUUGGCAUCCAGGUCAUCUCUUGCUUCCUGGGCACGCCCAGCUGCUGCCCAGGCGAAUGCUGCAGCAGGGCCGUGCGGAAUUGCAGCAAUCCGGAGGCUCCCCUGCUGCUUUUGGCCGACUUCCCUGGUGCCUUAGGGAACAUUGUGCAGUCCUUGCACGACUCAUUGAUCCUCAGCAAGGUCCUGGGCCGGAGUUUGGUGAUGCCGCCGGUGCUGGGCCGAAGUUCAGCGGUGGACCUGGGAGCUUUGGCGGAGGCAUUCGGCGUGGACGUCAUCGUGGCCAAGGACCUCCACUGGGCGAGCACUUGCCAGGAUGGAGGCGAACAUUUGCACGCCUUCGAGGUGAGCGGAGCUCGUUCCGGGCCCUUUAGGGACCACAUGCUCGCCUUGGCGCGCGGCGGGCUGCUGCCCCUCUUCGUGGGUCUCCACGAAACGCCUCGCUACCAAAGUGUUGGGCGCUGGAGCUACGAGCGGCGUGUCUGGGGAGAUGUAGCUUACAGCGGCCAGUGGUGGGGCGUCAGGUAUCCAAAGAAGCUCAGGGUGCAGUACUGGGAGAGGAGCUUGAGCCAGAUGGCGCUGGCUGGGGAGCCGUGCGAAGAUUGGACCUUCCUGGCACCGGAUUUGCCCAGGCCCUUGGCAGUGCUGCAGGCGCUACGGCAGCAUCAUUGCCUGGAGAAAGCCUUGGCCAGGCAGCGUCAGAGGUGUUUGGUCGUCAUGUCUUUGGCGAACUCUGUGCACCUGGGUGACCACUGGCAGGAUCACCUCCUCUUCUUCCGGAGCUUCAGUUUCGUUGAGGAGGUCAAGCAGCACGCGGCAUCUCUGGCACCGGGAGGCCACAGCAAGGGCCUGCGGAGGCCGUACCUGGCCAUCCACAUGAGGCCUUACCUCUUCCGAUCUGAAGGCUUGAACGAGUCCGCCAUCGCCAGCAUCUUCCACUGGGAGGUGCUGCAUGCGGUGCGACGUCUUCAGAGGCAUCGCAUGGGUUUGCGCGACGUCUUCUUGGCCUCCGAGAGUACGGAGGAGCUGAAUACCCAACGGGUCACGCAGCUCUUGAAGAACCUGAACCUCCGGGUGGUGAGUUCCGAGGAUACGAAGCCCAGACCUGGAGGCCCCAGCUCGGCCCACGUGGCGACGGAUGUCACUCUUUGCGUAGAGGCGGACAGCUUUCUGGGCACGGGCACGUCCUCCUUAUCCGCGCUGAUCGGGUCCAUGCGCUUUGCACGGGGCCGUGAGUCCAGCUUCAUUCCGCGGCCUCGCGUGGAGUUUGAAGAGGUCCAGACCGAUUUCUUCCCGCUGCUCGCGUCUCUGCCCUCGGAAGAGGUGCUGUCCAGCUUCUUCCGCGAGCUCGAGGCACGUGUCACGGCGCACUCGCCGCGGACCCGCGCCUUCUGCAGCGCGGACCAGAUGCGCAGAGGCGACGCUGGGCUGCCGCGAUAUCGCAGCGGCCACUUCUUGCACGACACCGUGCUGCCCUUCGGGGAGACGAGGUGGGGGGCGCGACCAGCCACCUUCGAGUUCUGCGGGCAUGUCUGGGAGGAGACGGCAUGGUCCUGUCCCCCAGUAGCUGCCAUCGCGCACAUGCAGCUGCUGGUGGGUUUGCAGAACGCCAGCCUGGGACACCCAUUGGGAGGCUUCCCCGCCCUGUCCGAGCCGGAGCUGUACAUGGAGAAGGUGCGCUUCGUGUGCAAGCUUUGGCACUUGCUGUCCAUCGGGUUGGACUUCGCCAAACAAGUGCUCUCCGGAUCCCCUCCCUGAUGUGGCCGUGUUUUUGAGUGUACCCUGUCCUCUUUGGUCGGGAAGCCAUUUGAGAAACCAUCCACGGAGUGGCUUCUCAUUUGACAGACUUCGGAGGGCUUGGAGCACUGCGAUGCUGGCGGGCCCUCCCUUCCGUGCCGGGGUGCAGAGCCUGUGCCCGCCUUGGACUGCAUGGGG